ACAGACAUUAAUUUACGAUUAGUUGUUGCACACGAGUCAUGUUUGAAUUUGUUUACAUUUUAAAUUAAAUCAUACUAUGUUGAUUUUAUUAUUUAAGAAGAGAAAAAUGUAAUUUUGAGGGAAUUACUUGAAGUAAUUUUUACUAUUAUUUUAUUGAUUCCGUAAGAAAUUAUUCAAUGUUUACUUUUAUUAAGAUGCACAAUCAAAAUCAUUACAAUCCAUAACAAAACGCUUUCUGAUGUUCGGAUACGAGUUUCGAGGGAUAAACUAACAAAAAAAGGUGUUUUUUCUAUUGUUCAUUCGUUCGUUUGUAGAGCUAGAGAUAAAUCAUUCAUUCAAUUUAACAGGCUUCCUGAAGACUGUGUUUACGUAAAUAAAAUAAUUAGAAUUUCAUAAAAUGAAUUUUACACUUAUCAGGAACUUAUUCAGAAACACAGCAGCAUUAUGCUACCGCUCACAAAAUACUUCACACGUUUGCGCUGUUGCAGAAGCUAAAAAGAUACAUACGACAAAUUGUAACCGGGAUCUUAUGGAAUUUUUUGAUGCAAAGAAGAACUGGGGUGAGCAAACUAUUAAGGUAGGAAGAGCUUGGAAUCUGGACGAGUUAAGGAUAAAGUCUAACACAGAUUUGCACAAACUCUGGUAUGUAUUAUUAAAGGAGAGAAAUAUGUUGUUCACAAUGGAACAGGAAUGCAAUGAAAAGAUGCGUUUAUUCCCCAGUCCUGAACGGAUAGACAAAGUCCAAGAGUCUAUGGAAAAUAUUGAGAAAGUAAUAAGAGAAAGGAACGUCGCAUAUUAUAAAUUAGAGACUGGGGAAACCGGUGAACGACCAGUGGAAGAAAUUGUGAAUCUUUUGGGUUUGCCCGAAGAGUACAGGAAGCAAGAGUAUUAUAUCCCUAAGUUUAUGAAUAUUCGUUGGGUCAAGAACUAUUACGAACACGGUGUAGUAACUAGCCUUGCAGUGAAGAAAUUUCUCAGAUUAUAUAGAGAGAAACAGAGGGUGGAGGCAAAAAAGGCGAGAAACAGAGACUACAACCAUGUUCAGCAUUUGUUGAAGAGAUUUCCGAAUGUAGAUGUGGAGGCAUUGAAAGCACAGUAUCCUGAUGUGGAUUUAGAGAAAGCAAAGCGUACUAAAAAGUGAAUAAAAACUGGCAUCAUAGA